CCCCUUCCAUGACGGAACAACGGUCGCGCGGCAUGAAUGUCUAGUCAAUGCUGCGUUUUUUGGUCGCCAACAUGACGGAACUUUAGCUGCCGUGAGGUCGUAAACACAAGGGGCACCAUCGACGGACAUAUAAACGAUCGGGAGCAGACGAAGGGUCAACAUGGCCGCGGAAGAUCGAGGGCCGCAGCUUGAAGCUGUGGUAAUAGUGCUCCUGGCGCUGUGCUGGGUGUCGGUUAGCUUAAGGUGCUAUACCAUGGGUUUCCUUCUUAGACGGUUCUACGCGGAAGAUUGGUUGGCUAUAAUUACAUUGAUAUUGUACACGGCGUACUCGUCGUUCAGCUUACUCGGCGUUCAUUACGGACUUGGUGCACACAUUGCCGACGUCCCUCUGGACCAUCAUCCCCAAGCACUGUUCUACAAAUGGGCAGGGCAAGUGGCAUAUGUCAUAAUCGCGGCACUGGUCAAAUUUAUUGUCGGCCUGUUGCUCCUACGACUGUGCGCGGGCAAGAGGUGGCAGUGCGUUACGCUUUGGACCCUGCUUGUUGUAUCCGGCCUCUAUGCAGCAUUCUACGUUUUUGUAGUUGUUUUCCAGUGUCAGCCGGUGCAAUUCUACUGGUACCGGUAUGAUCCCGCCCAACCAGUGAGUGGUACUUGCAAUGGCAAGGCCAUGGCAACAAUACCGACGUAUCUCUCUUUCGUCAUUAGCGUGGUUUCGGAUUGGGUAUUGGCAUUGCUACCAAUUUCUAUCCUAUGGAAUGCAAAGAUGGACCGACGAUCCAAGAUCUCGGUCGCAUGUGUGCUGUCACUGGGUUCAAUUGCGUCUAUGGCAACGAUUGCUCGAAUACCAUACGCGAAACAAGUCCUAUCCGACCCUGACUACCUAUACAACUUUACAGACCUGGCUAUUUGGAGCACUGUUGAGAUCGGCUUGGGAUUGACUGCGUCUUCUCUAGCCACUUUGAAGCCGCUUUUCCGCAAAUUGAAAAUCCUGGUGGCUACUCGAAGUGGCAGUCAUGUAACCGGUACCCUACCGCGUCAUUAUAGUAGACCGAGUUACUCUCGCGCGAGGAGCGGCUCGAUCUUCAGGGGUCAUAACCGAGAAAUCAAAAAGCUGCAGAAAUCCCCACCCACACGAAGCCCGGCUACAGGCAGUUGGAAAGCGCUCGGCGACAAACCAAAUGUGCCGGGUGGAGCGUAUGAGCUAUCACUCACCACCGAGACCAGUAGUGUGAGGACAACCAUAACUGCCAUCCAGUCUAUGGAUGAGGUUAAUCGUUUGAGUCCACCACCACCAUUACACCAUGAUUCAUUCAAGCGGACAUCUGUUUCUUUUCGCAUUUCACAUGUUGAUCUCCCUGCAGCGGGGUCUGAACGGAUGGUCUAGAGGCUGAAGAUUUAGAUUACAUAAUUAGUGCAUAGCAGUCAUGAACAAACUCCUACUCAAGCACCCGG